ACUGAGAGCCUUCACAGACAAAAUAAACAGAAGGCAAAUCAAAAGAAAACAUAAACCCAAAACCAUUAAAAUAGUUAUUGUUAUAUAAGUAUUGAAGACAUAAACAAUCGCACUGGCAACCAAACCAACGAAACCAAAAUCUAAGGAACAUAACCAAACUGAGAGUAUUUCAUGAAUUUAACAUUCAAAAAUACUUCUGUCAUGGUCUCCGAGACUCUCACAUAUCCUGCCUUUUUCUCUCUCUUGUUUUUUUCAGUUUUUCUCUUGCACCUGUUUUUGUGGGCAUUGUGUUUGUAUUCAUUGUAUCUAACAAACCUGAAAAUAAACCUACUUAACUUUUCCCAGUGAUCAGCAACAACUUAUCUUUAUAAAGUUUCAGUCAUUUUUGUUGUUUUUACAAAGUUCCUGAAAUCCUGUUGUAAAAAGAAGGAAGAAAGAAAAAAGAGAAGUGAGGAAGAGAAACUUUAAGGAUAAAGGUCAGCUGAGACCAUGGUGGAGAGAAGAGUGGUGAAAGACCACACAAAAGAGUUUGUCUCUGGAGGGAGAGACUGAACGUGCUGAUAAUCAAGUCAGGAUGUUUGUUCUGAUCUGGGCAACUUUCCUUUUGUGUGUGUGUGCUGAAACAGGCACAUCACAACAAUGUGUUGGACAAUACUGCAUCACACUUAGUGAGAGACUAACAGCAGAGGCUGGACUCUGUGUUGUGAUCCCGUGUUCUUUCACUACUGGUUUUGGAUUUACACCCAAACAUAUAGUUUGGUACAAAUGUAUAUAUUCAAGAUGUGACUAUGAUGAUGAAAUAAUAUUUCACAGCAAAAACAAUAUCCACGUUCGGUAUGGCUUUGAAGGACGUGUGUCACUCUUAGAGCCUGAUAUAAGACAGAACAACUGCAGCAUCAUCAUUAAUGAUCUCAAAGAGUCGGAUUCUGGAUCGUAUCGGAUCAGAGUUAAUGGUGAACUGAAUUGGAGAGAAAAUGGAUUUGCAUCUAUUCAAAGGACAACUGUCUUAGUUGAAGGUCUUAGUCAGAAACCCAGAGUUAAGAUUCCCACACUGACAGAGGGACAGCAGGCCACACUGACCUGUGUUGCUCCUGGUCUCUGCUCUGGAUCUGUUCCUGAAAUCACCUGGACAUGGAGAGGAGCAGGAGGGACUGAAUCUUACAUUACAGGAAACAGCACUGAUUUCAGGACUAAAAAUCUAACUGCUUUCACACAAAGACACAUUUCAACUCUGACUUUCAACUCCUCUGCUGAACACCACAACACCAAUGUCACCUGUAAAAUCCGCUUCACUGGGAAAAAAACUACAGAGGGGGAUUCAACUUUAAAAGUAAACUAUGUGAAGGAAGUUAACGUCACUGGGGGCACAAAUGUGAAGGAGGGUGAAACUCUGAAUCUGACCUGCAGUGUUGAAAGUUUUCCUCCAUCUCCUAUUAUGUGGUCUAAACCUGGUUCUGAUAUAACCCUGCACAAUGACACUGGAUCAGCCACACUCUCCAUAAUUAAUGCUACAACUGAACAUUCUGGACAGUACGUCUGUACAGCAAAACAUAUGAACAAUACCCUGCAGGAAAACAUCAAUAUAACAGUAAUAUAUAUAAGGACACCUCAAAUCAUUGGGAAUACAAUCAUAAAGGAGGGAGAUGUUCUGAAUCUGACCUGCAGUGUUGAAAGUUUCCCUCCAUCUCUGAUUAUGUGGUCUAAACUUGGUUCUGAUAUAACCCUGCACAAUGACACUGGAUCAGCCACACUCUCCAUAAUUAAUGCUACAACUGGACAUUCUGGACAGUACAUCUGUACGGCAAAACAUAUGAACAAUACCCUGCAAGAAAACAUCAACAUAACAGUGAUGUAUAUAAGGACACCUCAAAUCACUGGGAACACAAUCAUAAAGGAGGGAGAUGUUCUGAAUCUGACCUGCAGUGUUGAAAGUUUUCCUCCAGCCCUUAUCAUGUGGAGAGAUCUUAGCUCUAAAGCAAACAACAAACAUAGUGGAGCUUACACUAACCUGCAUAAUGACACUGGCUCAGCUACACUUGUCAUCCAGAAUGUGACAGCAGAAGAUUCUGGACAGUACAUCUGCACAGCAACACAUCCGGACACAACUGUAACAUCAUCUGUCAGUGUGAUUGUGUCUUGGUUUUCAAAGAUACAGAAUGGCUCUGGAUGUGUGCUUCAGGCAGAGGUUUUGACCUGUGUGUGUAUCAGUGAAGGGUUUCCUUUACCUACCAUCAAAUGGCCGCUCCUAAAGAACCACAAAGAGUACUCUAUCAAAACGACUGUGUCAAACCACACAGUCAACAGCACUGUCAGUCUAAAUGUAAAAAACUAUGGUAACAGCACUGUUGAAUGUGUGAGCAACAAUGAAAAGGGAGAGGCAAAAAAAAAUCUCAUGAUUCAAAGUGUGUCCAAUACAGUGGCUCACUCACCAGUUUUGAUCCUGGGAUAUCUGGAAAUCAUCAUUGCCUUUUUGAUUGGAGUAGUUCUUUCUGCAGUUGUUUGCUGUUUGAUUAAAAAAUGUUCAAGAAAAAAAACAAAGAAUUCUGGAAAUUUGGAUGAGACUUUGGAGAUGGUAACAAGUCAGGACGAUCCACAGCACAUAUAUGAUGGUCAAGAAACACAAGACAAUCAGUCCGACCCACAAGAAGAAGUUGAAGAUCAAGGUGUGGCAGCAGAGAAAGACGUGCCUGAACUCAGCAGUGCUCCGCAAGAAGUGGAGUAUGCAGACAUUGAUUUUUCCCUGUUGAAAAGAAACAGCAAGUCAGAGAGAAAGCAAGAAAGCACAAAGACGGAGUAUGCUGAAAUUAAGAAAGCAAUAAAAGGCAAAUGGGAAGAUGAAAUGGUGACGGGCGAGGAGGAGGAGAUGAUGACAGAGAUGGACUUGAAACAGUCUGAACCAGAAAAGGAGAAAGAGGAAGACGAGCCAGUGUACUCCACUGUGAAUGAUAUAAUCGAAAAAAUUUGAGCAAUGUUUCAUUGUGGGUUUCCCUCGGAUGAAUGUUCUUUGAUCUGAUGGUUUUGUGUAUGAAUAAUUCCACUUUGAACCAUUUUCAUCACACUGUGAUCACCACACCUCUACAUCUUAAAGUAGGGGCUAUGCAAAAUAAGGACUGGAGCUGGGACAUCAUUUUCUUAAUCCCUCUGCUAUUUUGCUGCCAUGUUUUUGGUUUAAUAACCUUUUCAGGUAACAUUUUAAAUGUUUUAUAAUGCAAGGGUAAGUGUGCCUCUUUGAACUGAACACAUUUGCCUAACAUGUAAAAGGUCCCCAGUCAGGACCAAGAGAAGAUAGCAGGCACAAACCAAGCCUCUGGGCAUCACAAGCUAGUGUACUCCUAGUUUACAUCCCAAUCCCCAUUAAAUAGGAGUGUUAUGCCUUAAAAAUCAUCAGGCAUAAAAUCUGAGCCAAAUCAUAUCAGGUGUGGCAAUACUAACUUACCUAGAUUGUAUAAGGAUAAAUACUUGCUUUAAACCUCCAUCAGGUGAGCACUUUUUAAUGGCCAAUAUUUUUCUCAUUCUGGGAAAAUGUUACUCAACAAAUUCUUCCCGGGAUGCAUUUCUCUCUGGAUAUUCUGUCAUAGCUUAAUGAGAUUAAUAAUUUUGAGUAUGAAACAUGUCUACUGUAGGUUAAAUGCAAAUUUUAGAUGUUUGAUGUUGGAACAAAUUUGUGUUUUCAACAGCGCCCUCACAGAAUACUCAUUGAUAGUUUCAGCAUGUAGACCUUGCUUUUUACUUUCUUUGAUAGCAAAGUUUCUCCAGGGGAAUUUAAGAGUGGUCAGAAGAAUAUUAGUUAACUUCAUAAACUAUAAAUCAAAAAAGCAGCAUUAUUCUAUGCAUGCACACAGGUAUGGCACCAAUACGUUUUAAACAGUAUCUGCUUA